CUUCCGGUUGCGCUUGUAGACGCGGCGGACCAGUCUUGCUUGCCGCGGUUCCUCGGUUGCACCCCCGCGUCCUGCGUCCUGCGCCCCGCGCCGGGUUCGGCCCGGAUCUGGCGACGCCCGAACAUGGAUUCCAGCGGCCAAGACAUCAACUUGAAUUCUCCCAACAAAGGCUUGUUCUCCGACUCCAUGACGGAUGUCCCUGUCGACGCGGCCACGGCUGCCCAGAGUCCUGUAGUUGAAGGCCUGACGGAGGCUGAGGAGGAAGAGCUCAGGGCUGAGCUGGCCAAGGUAGAGGAAGAGAUUGUGACGCUGCGCCAGGUGCUGGCCGCCAAAGAGAAGCACUGUGGAGAGCUGAAGCGGAAGCUGGGCAUGUCUGCCUUGGAGGGCUUGAAGCAGAACCUCUCUCGGAGCUGGCAUGAUGUGCAGGUCUCCAACGCCUAUGUGAAAACUUCUGAGAAACUUGGCGAAUGGAACGAGAAAGUGACCCAGUCGGACCUCUACAAGAAGACUCAGGAAACUCUCUCCCAGGCCGGCCAGAAGACCUCAGCUGCCCUGUCCACUGUGGGCUCUGCCAUCAGCAGGAAGCUUGGAGACAUGAGGGCUCGCCCAUUCUCACACUCCUUUAGCAGCAACUAUUCCAUCCGCCACUCCAUCAGCAUGCCGGCUAUGAGGACUUCUGCCACCUUCAAGUCAUUUGAGGACCGUGUUGGCACCAUCAAGUCCAAGGUUGUGGGUGGCAGAGAGAAUGGUGGUGACGGCCUUCCCUCCCCAACUGGGAGUGGUGAGAAGCCUUUCUAAGCCUUAGCAGCUCAGCCCUGCCGCGGAUCCAGCGCCCUUGCCCCUCUGCACAGCGGAGCAGCCUGCUCGGCCACAGCCACAGCGGAUCAUUGCUCCUGGCACUUGUGGACGUGACUGCCAUUUGGCGUGACUUUCCAGACGCCUUUCUCCUCAGUCCUGAUGCCAGGAAUUAGGCAGGGUGGUGAGUCCCCGGCUCGCUCCACUGUGUGUGGGAAGAGUGAGGAUUGAGCACAGGCCUGUGGGGUCUUACUCUGAGACCCAGGAGGGCGCCCAGCGAGCCCGACGGCCCUGCGGCUGCUUCAGUGACCAGGGAAGACACAUGGUUCUCAGCUGCUGCCUGACGCUACUACACUAACGAUCAAGCUUUAAUAAACCAAGGCAAAUUCUUUAUUUUUUAAAUGCAAUGGACUUUUCAAAAAUUAAAGCUAAGCCACACAGCUUGAGCCGCAUAGAGAAA